CGGGGCCGGGACCGGCGCCCCGGGAGCGCCGCGCGAGGCGCGGGGCUGCGCUCCGCUCCGCCGCUCCGCUCCCGGCACCGGCACGGCUGGCAUGCCCGCUGGCAGCGCCUAGAGGAGCUCCCGCUGGCCCGGCAGGAUGUCGGGGAGCGGCGGAGUGCCGCUGCUGCUGCCGCUGCUGGCGGCCGCGCUGCUCGGUGCCCCGGCGGCCGCGCAGCCGGUGGGAGAAGCCGCCUGCCGCCCGGUCCGCGCCGCCUUCCAGGUGCUGCAGCCCGGAGCCAAGUGGGUGCCCGAGAGCCCCGUGCCAGGGACUGAUCUGCAGGUGUGUGUCCCGAAGGGCUCCACGUGCUGCUCCAGGAGGAUGGAGGAGAAGUACCAGGCAGCUGCCCGCCUGCACAUGGAGCAGCUGCUGCAGGCUGCCAGCAUGGAGCUGAAAUUCCUGGUCAUCCAGAACGCUGCUGUCUUCCAAGAAGCCUUCGAAAUUGUAGUGCGACAUGCAAGAAACUUCACCAACAGCAUGUUUAGGACCUACUACCAGAGCAUGGGGCCCAGGGCUCUUAAAUUUGUUGGAGAACUUUUUACUGAUAUCUCGCUGUACAUACUGGGCUCUGACAUCAGUGUCAAUGACAUGAUAAAUGAAUUUUUUGACAGUUUGUUCCCUUUGGUUUACUCCCACUUGAUCAACCCUGGCUUGCCCGAUCCCUCUGUGGAAAUGACCGAAUGUCUGCGGGCGGCCAGGAGAGACCUCAAAGCCUUUGGGAGCUACCCGAAGACGAUGAUGACGCAGGUGUCCAAGUCCCUGCAGACCACUCGAGUCUUUCUGCAGGCUCUGAACCUGGGCAUCGAGGUGAUAAACACCACUGACCACCUGAAGUUCAGCAAGGAGUGCGGGCGGGCGAUGCUGAAGAUGUGGUACUGCUCCCACUGCCAGGGGCUGCUGCUGGCCAAGCCCUGCGCCGGCUACUGCGGGGCGGUGCUGCAGGGCUGCCUGGCGGGCGUCCUGGAGAUCCACAGCCUCUGGAAGGAGUACAUCCAGGCUCUGGAGGGGCUGACCAGGGGCAUGCAUGGCAUCUACGACAUGGAGCACGUCCUGCUGAGCCUGUUCUCCGUGGUGCGCGACGCCGUCGUCCACGCGCAGAAGAACGAAGGGAAGCUCUCGACAGCUAUCAGCCGGUUGUGUGGCCACGCUCAGCAGAGGCAGAUCCGAUCAGCUAAUUAUCCAGAAGACCUUUUCAUUGACAAGAAAGUCCUGAAAGUGACUCACGUUGAGCAAGAAGAAACUUUGUCGAGCAGGAGGAGGGAACUGAUUGCAAAGCUGAAGUCCCACAGCAGUUUUUACAGCAGCUUGCCAGAGUACAUCUGCAACCACAGCUCUGCUGUUCAGAAUGACACCCUUUGCUGGAAUGGACAAGAAGUCGUGGAGAGGUACAGUCCCCAGAUCACAAGGAAUGGAGCAAAAGCCCAGGCUGGCAACCAUGAGGUGAAGGUGAAAGGUCCAGAGCCAGUGAUCAGCCAGAUUAUUGACAAGCUGAAACACAUCAACCAGCUGCUCAGAGGGAUGACUUUGUCCCGCCGAAAAGCUCCGGGAAAAGCCGCAGAGGAGGAGGAGGAGAGCGGAGACUGCGACGAUGAAGAUGAGUGCGGCAGAGGCUCUGGGGACGGCGAGCUGCGAGUGAGGAACCAGCUCCGCUUCUUAGCAGGUGCUUUGUUCAGCUUGAGCAAAUUGGCAGGGGAGAACUCCUCCCUUCCAAAGGGUUUCCCGAGCCUUGCAGAUGGAGUUGGUGAUGCCUUGAGGAUGAGGAGAGAGCUGGCCUAUGACCUGGACAUGGAUGACAUCUCUGCAAAUAAGCAGCUUCUGAAUCAGCAAAGCAAAGAUGGUGCUGCAGUCCCCAGCAGCGACCCUGGCAGUGCAGCCACCCACCCCAGGCCUGCUGCUGGCAUUGCCCUGCUCCUCCUGCUGCUGCUGGGCCACCAGCCAUGAGCAGUGCUGGUGGCAUCACUCCGUGUCUCUCCACGCCUUUUUUUAGUGAGGAAGAUACUCGGAACCUCUUCUGAAAUAUAUGCACAUUUCCAAAAACAGGACAAAUGCCUUGAGUCAGUUUUUCAAGACUCUUCACAGAAAAAAAAAAAACAUUUAAAAACGUCUUGGUUCAUGGCAAACUAGUAAAUAUCUAACAGUGCUUUUUAAAGAUAAUCCUGUUAAAUAUAAGCAGGUUCAUAUUAAAUUGUGUUCCUUGCAUUUUUUGAGCACUGAGGUCUCCCUUGCUGUUAAGGUGACGACCAUAUUUCAUUUUGAGUUGUUCAAACAUGCAUGGGGUACAGAACACCUAUGGUUUAUUAAAUACUCUCUGCAAAUAUCAUGCCCCUGAUUCCUAGUUGACUUAAUACAGAUUUUUUCUGUAGUUCAACUGGUUUUUGUACUUACUCCAAAUUCAAGUCUCACCCCUGGGAAUCUGGUCAGGACAUAACAGAGAGCAGGUGAAGACAGGGGAGAGAGAAGAUCAGACACUCAGCAGGAGAAAGAUGCUGUGGAAGAGAAGCUGUCCUGCACUGGGAUUGAGGUGAAGAUCUGCUCCCCUGGGCACAAAGCCCACCCGCCCCAUGGCAAGUUGCAGGCGAUUUUGCUGCUCCCAGCCAGGUUCUGAAGCCCUUCAGUGCAGCUGGCUGAUCCCCACCAGCAUCCUGGUGGCACACGCAACAACCUGGUUUCAUUCUUCAGAAGUGAAGCACCUCCUUUCCCACGGGAAACCUGCAAGCACAGCUCCAGCCAAAGGACCGACGGCGGGGUGUACGCGCUGUGCUCGCGGGGUGAACAAUGACAGUCCAACGUGCUGUGCUGUGAAAGGGGAGAAGAAAAGGAUUUACAGCCUUUUACAGGAGCCUGAGGCAGAUGAGACUCUUACUCAUGUGUUUCUUUGCAUGUUCCUUUACGUAAGCUAUCUCUAAAAUAAAGAUUGGUUGCUCUGUAA